AUGGAAAUGUGUGAGCGGAAUCCUUUAAAUCCCGGCUAUGUUGGUUCUCUGUUGAAUUUCGCUCCCCCUGAGUCGCUGUAUUUCUCCAACUUGCGCGGUAAUGGAGCCCACAUACCCGGGCUGCAUCAGCUCCCUUACAAUAGGAGAGAGGUGUGCACGCUCCCGUGGACUUCCUCAAGUUCGUGCGCGUCUGGGCCAGCAGCACCGCCACCACAGAGCCGCGCCUUCGGAGGCUACUGUCCGCCGUUUCUGUCCAAUUCGGUGGCUUUAAAUACGAACUCCUCCGGCGGCCACGUCAAGGCGCAUUUGGAGGAGUCCGCGCGGUGCUUUCAGGACCACAAGACGGAGGAGGCUGGGAGGCAGGAUGAAGUUUACGCCGGAGAGCACGGAGUUCGCGCUUAUUCAGACCUGGACAGCCGCUCUCACGGUUCUGCGGCGCAGCUUGAUCCGGAUUCAGCAGGUCCAGUCAGUGUGGACGGUCCCAAACAGGAGCAGAAUCCCAUUCACACAGCAUCAAGUAACACAUGCUCCAGGACCAGUUUUGCUCAAGGUGCCCCGUGGUGCUCGUCACAAGUGAAAACAAGAAAGAAGAGGAAGCCUUACUCGAAGCCACAGCUCGCUGAACUUGAGAAUGAAUUUAUGAUGAAUGAAUUCAUCAACAGACAGAAACGCAAAGAGUUGUCAGACAGACUCGACCUGAGUGACCAACAAGUGAAAAUCUGGUUUCAGAACCGGAGGAUGAAGAAGAAGCGGCUGAUGAUGCGCGAACAGGCUUUCUCUGCAUACUGA